AAUCACAUACAGUACAUCUUUACUGUUGAUAAAAGCUGGAACACUAUGGUAACAGCAUAUGCUGAACAUCCACUAGGGAGUAAUACAUCAACUCAAGUAAUAACUGUACUUGCUCCUCCGGGUCCAAUUGAUGUGUCAGUAAACACCUCUUGUUAUAACAAUAAUAACAGUUUACUUGUUAGGUGGACUGUGUACAGUAAUGGUGGACGUGACAUCAGCAAGUACACACUGAGAUGGAGGAAAGGUUGUAGUCAUACUCCAACUACAUUGCUCAACUCAAAGACAUGGAUGGUAUCAAACAAUGCUAGAUUUACACAGCAAGGAGGCAGUUACAUAAUACCAGGACUGGAUGGUAACACAACAUAUUGUAUAGACGUGGAAGCAACAAAUAGUAUUGGACCAAUGUCCAUGACAGUCAAAGCAACUACACUGUCUGUCCCAAACCAGCCUGAACUUCACUGUAAUCCCACGUUGACCACAAAUACAAGUGUAGCAAUGACUUGGGUAGUCAGCAGCAAUGGUGGUGAUGACGUCUCACAUUAUGCUGUGGUACUGAGUGAAGAUCUGAAUUUCAUGCAGACAGCUUAUUCAAAGAAUCUGUUUGUGGUUGACAAUUCUGAGUUGACACAGAAGGGUGGAAUGGUUACUGUGCCAGGUCUUUCUGGUGGAACAACAUAUUAUGCAAAGGUUGUUGCAAGAAAUUGUGUUGGUGCUAGUGUUCCUGAUACACAGUCUUGCUCUACACGCUGUGGUCCAUUAUUGCAGCCGCGAGCAGCCAAAAAAGUAUUUUUGUCUGAUUACAUCACACUGGCAGUAAAGGCUCCUGACUUGAAUUGUCAAAUUGACAAAUACAUUGUUAAAGACGUAGCAUCUGCUGACGAACUCCAGUCAUCAUAUUCUGUUGAGAAUGGUAUUGUAACUAUUACCAUAACGGGACUGGAGGCAGGAGCAAACUAUACAGUUCAAGUGUAUGCAGUAGAUCACUCACAGGAACGUCCAAUAGGGAAACCAGUCACAUUUCAAAUAUCAAGCCAAGAUAAAGUAACCUUAGGUGGACUGUCGUCGGGAGUCAUAGCUGCAACUACUGCUCCGCCUGUCAUCAUAGUCGUGAUUGUGUCUCUUGUUCUCUGGUGGUUUAAAGCCAGAAGAGCAUCUUCAGAGUCCAGACCUCCACACGUCGAAACUACUCAAGAUGUAAGAUCUGAUCAUGAUACUGUUAUGAGUCAGUCCAGUGCCUAUACUGCAUUCAAGGCUAUGGCAGGAGGAGGAAAUCCAAGAUCAGAAAUCAGAAUGCAGGAAUCGAACGCCUAUGGUGUUGGCAAGAUGCAACAGCCUGCCCACCCUGUUCCACAGUAUGAAGUUGUGAUGUAAGGUAAGGUCACGUGAUGGAAUAACAAGCACUGUUUACAAAUUGCACGCUUAUAAUAUGGUGUUUUGCUGUUUGACUAAGCGCUAACUUAGUGAUUUAGUCUUUUCUCGUUGUGCAUGUCGCUUUGAAAGAGGAGUAAUGACCUAUUGACUUACCAGCAAUGGUAAACAGACUGUGGCAUCUUCAUUCUGUAUGACAUCAUCAGAUCGUGAUCUCCCGUUUCAAUCUAGCGACCAUAUAAAACGAGGCUUCAUUCAU